UGUCAGUUCAACAGCAGUGCUGUAGUAAGGAGGGGAGAGCAGGAGAGAGCAAGAGAGAUAGAAAGAGAAGGGAAGGGAAGUAAAGAAGGGAAGAAGAUUUGAGACCUCAGCAGUGCACCAUGUCUUAUGCAAACUCCACAACCUCGAGCUCCUACAGGAGGACCUUUGGAGGGGGUCUGAUGGGCUCUCCCCAGAUGCCCAGGGCUUCCUUCUCCAGUGGCCGUUUUGCUGGAGGGGGCAGCAACCUGUCUUCCAGAGUGCUGAUCUCCAAGUCCACUGUCCUGCCCUCCUAUUCCAGCUACCGGACCAAGGUCCCCAGCCGAGCCUUCGAGGUGGUGGACUUUAACCUCGCUGAUGCCCUGAACCAGGAGUUCGUCCAGACCAGGACCAAUGAGAAGGCGGAGAUGCAGCACCUGAACGACCGCUUUGCCAGCUACAUCGAGAAGGUCCGCUUCCUGGAGCAGCAGAACAAGGUGCUGGUGUCUGAGGUGAACAGGAUAAAGGGGCAGGAGCCAGGGAGGGUCAACGACCUCUAUGAGCAGGAGAUGAGGGACCUCCGGCGACAGAUUGACGCGUUGACCAAUGAGAAAGUUCGGGUGGAAGUGGAGAGGGAUAAUCUGGCAGACGACCUCCAGAAACUCAAGCAGAGAUUACAAGAUGAGAUCCAAUUGAAGGAGGAGGCUGAGAAUAAUCUAGCGGCAUUCCGGCACGAUGUUGAUGCAGCUACGCUUGCCCGGCUCGAUCUCGAGCGAAGGAUCGAGGCCCUCCAGGAGGAGAUUGCGUUCCUCAAAAAGGUGCACGAGGAGGAACUGCGCGAGCUGCAGGCUCAGCUCCAGGAACAGCAUGUUCAGGUUGAAAUGGACUUAUCCAAGCCUGACCUCACCGCUGCUCUGCGCGAUAUCCGUGCACAGUACGAGACCAUCUCUGCCAAGAAUGUCCAGGAGGCCGAGGAAUGGUACAAGUCAAAGGUCUCCGAUUUGAAUCAGAGCGCAGUCAAAAACAAUGAUGCCUUGCGACAGGCCAAACAGGAAGUGAUGGAGUACCGACACCAAGUUCAGAGCUACACCUGUGAGAUUGAUGCCCUCAAAGGAUCUAAUGAAUCAUUGAUGCGCCAGAUGCGGGAAAUGGAGGAGAGGUUCACAGGCGAGGUGGCGGGCUACACAGACACGAUCGCAAGGCUGGAGGAGGAGAUCCGCCACCUGAAGGACGAGAUGGCGCGGCACCUGCGCGAGUACCAAGACUUGCUCAACGUGAAGAUGGCGCUGGAUGUGGAGAUCGCCACCUACAGGAAGCUGCUGGAGGGUGAAGAGAGCAGAAUUGUUUUGCCGGUCCAGCCUUUUUCCACCCUGAGUUUCAGAGAGACCAGCCCUGAGCAGUCACAUCUUGGUGAAGUGCACACCAAAAAGACGGUGACCAUCAAGACUUACGAAACAAGGGAUGGAGAGGUGAUCAGCGAGUCUUCACAGCAUCAACAGGAGGUUUCUUAAAUCCACGGAGAGACGCACAGAGAGCAUGACCCAACCCUUGACCUUAACAUGAGACACCCCCCCAUCCUCCUCUCACAAUGCCCCCCCCCCCCCACCACCCACAACCACUACCUACUGGAUGAGCAGCAACAGCCCAUGUACCAGGAACAAAGUGCCUUGGAACCCAGCCAGUCAAAACCACCAUUCACCUUUCACAAGCAAUCGUAUAUCAUGGCGUGUUGGAGGCUCCAAGUGAAGAAUUCAACUGAAGAGGGACAGCAGGAUCUUGAAAUAUAUCUUGCAUCCUUUUGAGAACACUCUUACAUCAUUAUAGACGUACUGUGUAAUGAGGUGGGAUUCAGGGAUUUUCUGAUGUGUGUUUCUUUUCCACAGUGUGAUAAAUAAAUGUAGAUUCAAGUCUU